AUGCAUAGACCGGGUAAUUACUUCAUACCAGUUAUAGAAUUUACAAGUUUGGUUGAUGACAACCUCGAUAGUUUGCAGCCCCCAAGAAGAAGGCUGAACAGAAGUCUCGUAGAAUUGUUGCGUCGCUUCGAUGGAAAUAGUCCAGGAGUGUCCGAGCCAAGGGAUCAAGAUAAUUCAAGCUUACUUAAAUCGGAGGAUAACGUACCCAAUUUGACUUCCACCACAGCUGUACAAGCGUCAAGGUCUACAACACCACUCGUCAGAAUUUCCACCCCAGUUGAUCAAGCGCAAGCCGAUGAAACUGAUGCUCCUGUAGUCCAACACACCAUCUUCUACAAUUGGUUGAUAAACGCCGUCAUUUUCGACGAUUUGAGCUUCAGACAACCUUUCAUCAACUGCACUCAAGACGCAAACCAAUUAACAAAACAGGAUUUGUUCCUCCACGCUCUUGACCUUUAUCACAACGCAAACCAGUUGAGACCCCAAGAGUUGGUAAAUCUGCCGUUUCUUCCACGCACCAUGCGUACUGGAGAGACAUUGCUGGAUAUUCCUUUUUUGGACCCGCUACUGGUGGUGCUCUGGUGCAUCCACAUCGACGACGUCCACUGGAUGCUCAACGUGCUUCCAUGGAGGGUGGUCGAUCGUCCCAUCAGAACCGGCCGCAGUAUCCUCGCCUGGAUCAUCGACAUUCCCAACAUCCACGACUUCCUGGAAAUGACCAGAGCUCCUUUCACCGUAACCGUAAAACUAAUCCGGUUCUUGGACAUUUACAGUGAAUCGUUUAAUUCUGAUGCUUAG